AUGGGGCCCAGCUCCCGAACCGCGUCCAUGGAGGGGGUGAAAGGUGAGGGUGAGGGUGAGGGUGAGGAGGCGGAGGAGGUGCAGCCGGCCAAUGAGGGGCUGUCGGCGCCGUCGCUGGAGCUGAACCUCGUCGGCGCUCUCGCUCUCGUGGAGAACGCCGCCGCGGAGGAGAAGGGAAAGGCCGAGUCGGUCGUGGCGGCGGGGCCGUCAGUCGAGCCGAAGGCGGCGGUGGUGGUCGCCGGCGGCGAGAACCGUCGCACGUUCAAGUGCAACUACUGCCAGCGUAAGUUCUACACGUCGCAGGCGCUGGGCGGCCACCAGAACGCGCACAAGCGCGAGCGCUCCAUCGCCAAGCGCGCCGCCGCCGGGCGGGGCGGCGACCCUGCUGCCGGCCUCUACGGCGCGGCGAACCACCACCUCCGCUACGCCACCGCCUGGCCCUAUUCCGCCGCCGGCAGGUCAUUCCUCGCCCAGGGCUCGCCCACGCCGCCGUUCUAUGGGAUGCAGAUGCACCACCCCGGGUGGGGCGCGGCGCCCCAGCCGUACCUGGCCGGGCUCGCGCGUCUCGCCGGCGCCCACCGCCCGAUGUAUCGGCCGGAGGCUUACGGCUAUAGCGCGUCUUCCAGGGCUCCCAUAUCGGCCUUCCCUGAGACCGCGCCGGGGGUGACCGGGAUCUCGCGGGCUGGUGCAAGUGGGAGCGGAAGUGAUAACGGCGGCGACCAUAGCAUUAAUGAGUUGAAGAAAAAGGAGGAGACCGCCAGCAACAUAGACUUGACUCUCAAGCUCUAG